UCUCAUUUUAUAUAAAACCAGAGAUCGUCUUCUUCGCCUCCUCCUCUCUUAGCCCAGCAAAACCUCUCGGCCCUCUAACUCUCUCUCUCUCUCUGUCUUCACCUGGGUUUCUCGCUCCUCUGAAAACUCGUCGAGCCUUAAGAUUCCGAUAACCUUUAUUGCUUUUGUAGCAGAACCUUCGAGCCAAAAAGGUUAUAUAGAAUAGCUAUGGCGGCGGCGGCGACGACGGCGAGUGCCCAGUGGCAACCCAAAGAAGAAGGAUUCACGGAGAUCUGUGGGCUUUUGGAGCAGCAAAUUUCUCAUUCGUCUACUUCUGCUGAUAAGUCUCAGAUAUGGCAACAACUUCAGCACUAUUCUCAGUUCCCUGAUUUCAACAACUAUCUUGCUUUCAUUAUCGCACGGGCUGAGGGUAAAUCAGCAGAUGUUCGGCAAGCUGCAGGCUUGCUUUUAAAAAAUAACCUUCGGUCUGCAUAUAAGACUAUGAUUCCUGCUUACCAGCAAUAUAUUAAGUCAGAGCUGUUGCCCUGCUUGGGAGCAGCAGAUAGGAACAUAAGGUCAACAGUUGGAACAAUUGUAAGUGCUGUUGUUCAACUAGGAGGAGUAGCAGGAUGGCCUGAGUUGUUGCAGGCUCUUGUCAGUUGCUUAGACAGCAAUGAUCUUAGUCAUAUGGAAGGUGCUAUGGAUGCGUUAUCCAAGAUUUGCGAGGAUAUUCCUCAAGAGCUUGAUGGAGAUAUACCUGGUUUAGCUGAACGACCUAUCAACAUAUUUCUCCCUAGAUUGUUUAAGCUUUUCCAGUCGCCACAUUCCUCACUGAGAAAGCUUUCCUUGGGUUCAGUGAAUCAAUACAUUAUGUUGAUGCCGGCAGCUUUAUAUGCGUCUAUGGAUCAAUAUCUUCAAGGCUUGUUUGUUCUUUCAAAUGACACUGUCUCAGAAGUGCGAAAAUUGGUUUGCUCAGCAUUCGUGCAGCUAAUUGAAGUCCGCCCAUCUUUCUUAGAGCCACAUCUAAAGAAUGUAAUUGAGUAUAUGUUGCAAGUUAACAAGGACACUGAUGAGGAGGUGGCUCUUGAAGCUUGUGAAUUCUGGUCUGCUUAUUGUGAAGCUCAGUUACCCCCAGAGAACUUAAGGGAGUACUUGCCCCGUCUAAUUCCGGUGUUAUUAUCGAACAUGAUUUAUGCUGAUGAUGACGAAUCACUAAUUGAUGCUGAGGAGGAUGAGUCUGUACCAGAUCGUGAACAGGAUAUCAAACCUCGUUUCCAUUCAUCACGGUUUCAUGGAUCAGAGGGUGGGGAAGACGAUGACGAUGAUAUUGUCAAUGUCUGGAAUUUACGCAAGUGCAGCGCUGCUGCUCUUGAUAUUCUCUCAAAUAUGUUUGGCGACGAGAUUCUUCCUACAUUGAUGCCUUUAGUUCAGACCAACUUGUCUAAUAGUGGGGAUGAAGCUUGGAAAGAGAGGGAAGCUGCUGUUUUGGCUCUUGGUGCCAUAGCUGAGGGUUGCAUCAAUGGACUAUAUCCACAUUUGUCAGAGAUUGUUGCAUUUCUAAUCCCUUUAUUAGAUGACAAGUUUCCUCUCAUACGGAGUAUAUCAUGUUGGACUCUUUCUCGUUUCAGUAAAUUCAUUGUUCAGGGUGUUGGACAUCAAACGGGUUAUGAGCAGUUUGACAAGGUUCUUCUCGGGCUCCUUAGAAGAAUAUUGGACACUAACAAGCGGGUUCAGGAAGCUGCUUGUUCAGCCUUUGCUACGCUUGAAGAGGAGGCUGCUGAAGAAUUGGUACCUAGGUUGGAUGUAAUUUUGCAGCACCUCAUGUGUGCUUAUGGAAAAUAUCAGAGGCGGAACCUCAGAAUUGUUUAUGAUGCAAUUGGAACUCUAGCAGAUGCUGUUGGUGCGGAGCUAAAUCAGCCUGCUUAUCUUGAAAUUCUGAUGCCACCCUUGAUCGCAAAAUGGCAACAACUUUCAAAUGCAGACAAAGACCUAUUUCCACUGCUUGAGUGCUUCACAUCUAUAUCACAGGCAUUGGGUACUGGAUUUUCUUCAUUUGCGGAGCCAGUAUUUCAGAGAUGCAUAAACAUCAUUCAGACCCAACAGUUGGCAAAGGUAGAUCCUGCUGCAGCUGGGGCCCAGUAUGAUAAAGAGUUCAUUGUAUGCUCGGUUGACCUUCUCUCAGGACUUGCAGAAGGUCUUGGCAGUGGGAUAGAGAGUUUGAUUUCUAAAAGUAACUUGAUGGACCUACUUUUGCAAUCUUGCAUGGAUGAGACUUGUGAUGUCAGACAAAGUGCCUUUGCACUACUUGGCGACCUUGCUAGGGUUUGUCCUAUUCAUUUGAGACCUCGUUUGCCUGAAUUUCUUGAUGUUGCAGCAAAGCAACUGAACACUCCUAAGCUAAAGGAGACUGUUUCAGUUGCAAAUAAUGCAUGUUGGGCAAUUGGAGAAUUAGCAGUCAAGGUGCGUCAAGAAAUUUCUCCAGUUGUUAUGACAGUUAUUUCAUGCUUAGUUCCCAUUCUCAAACAUGCAGAGGGUCUUAAUAAGUCACUUAUUGAGAAUAGUGCAAUCACACUAGGGAGGCUUGCGUGGGUUUGUCCAGAUAUUGUGUCUCCGCAUAUCGAGCAUUUUAUGCAAUCAUGGUGUAUUGCUUUGUCGAUGAUACGUGAUGAUGUUGAAAAAGAGGAUGCAUUCCGAGGUCUUUGUGCAGUGGUCAAGGCAAAUCCAUCAGGAGCAAUUAAUUCACUUGUUGCUAUGUGCAAAGCUAUUGCAAGUUGGCAUGAAAUAAGAAGUGAAGAGCUCCAUAAUGAAGUUUGCCAGGUGUUACACGGAUAUAAGCAGAUGCUUGUCAAUGGAGCAUGGGACCAAUGUAUGUCUGUGUUGGAGCCGCCAGUAAAGGAGAGACUAUCAAAAUAUCAAGUUUAGCACUGCUGUCCUCGCAUGCAUUUUUCUAUGCUGGCUCUCUAUGCUCUUCAGAGCUGUGUGUCUGGAUCGACUUUGUUGAUCAUUUUAUGACUGUCGAGUAACAUUGUGGUCAUGAUCCUUUUGAGCAAAGAUCAAUUUUGGUCCCCAGUAACUUAGCCAUCUACACUAUCGAAGCUUGAAUUGGUUUUCACCCCUUCACAUGUUGUAACAUGGUUCAAAGCAACAUUAAAUGGUAGAGUGAAGGAGCUCGGGGUUGGUACAGGGGGUAUGGUGUACAGGGGUGGUGUGGCUUUCCGAGCUUUGAGAGUGUUUUUGUUCUUGGAGUCUUGUAGUUGGAGGUAAAGAAACAGCCGAGUCAGGUAUUGGAAUCAAUUUUUUUUUAAUAUAGGCAGAAAGAGAUGUCUCAGUCAAUUGUGGGAGUCAUCAUUUUUCAUUUAGGUUUGGAAUUUUUAAUCAUUUACAACCAUUUUAGUGAAUAGGGUUUGUGUCUUAUUUUCACAGAUUUUGUACAAUUGGUUUUGACAUGAUUUACUCCAAUAUUUUAAUGUUUCAUAUAUAGCCCAAUUUUCAGGGAUGUAGUCUUUAUUUAAGAUUUGACAAUAUUGCUGUGUUAAAGCAGCUUGGGGAGUGAGCAAUAAAUUACUUUGUAAUCUCAUCAUAUAUUGGUUUUUUUUAAGGUAUCAUGUUUCGAUACAA